AUGAUGAUGGUGGUGGCGGCUGCUGACAGUCAUGCCUGCAAUGUUUAUCAACACUGUCACUGUUUGCUACUAAACACGAGAAGUACUCGCCCGGCAUUGGUGCAUUCAUAUUAUCGGACCUGAUUGCAGCUAUUAGCCCGGCCACCGGCGGAUUAAUAGUCUCAGAACCGAAGUUACCCGGUACUGAUGGAUAAACGUUAUCGUCAGAUUACAUUAAUGGAUUAAAGCCAACGGCCGAGUACUGACCUAUUAAUCUUAUCAUAACAGUAUGCAGAUGGAUUAAAGGUGCUGGAACGUAUAUUGGUGGAUUAAUAGGGUUUAGACUGUAUGCUGGCGGUUGAAGAUAUUUAACCGGAUACCAGAGGAUUAACGGAUUCGGAUCCAAGCUUUGGAAGUUAAAAAGUAUGAAACCAGGUGCUUACGGAUUAAUCAGGGCAGAACCAGAUUAUUGUGACAUCAUAUCCCAUCAGUAGAUAUCUAUUUCAUAUUGGUUUGGACCAUAUACAAGAAAGAGGCAGAGAGAAAGCGAAAUAAUUAUCAGAAAUAAGAGGAAAUACUUACCCGAGGAUAUAUAUUAACGUAAACAAAUACAACAUCAACCAUGAAUUCAAGCGAAGAAGAGGAUUAUGAAUAUGAUUACGAUAAAACAGUUUCUAUUAUUCCUCUGGAAGAAUUGGUCCCGGUAUCGAUUGUGUACAGUAUUACACUGUUCCUCGGUGUGACAGGAAAUUCGUUGGUUAUUUUCUGCAUUCUCAGGUACAAUAGAAUGAGAAGCAUUACAAAUAUAUUACUAUUGAGUCUUGCGUCUGCAGAUCUGCUGCUCGUUGUGAUCUGUGUACCGAUUAAGGGUGUGGCAUUUUUUUCCUUUACGUGGACCAUGGGAGAAGUCUUAUGCAAAGCUGUUCACUAUUUGCAGAAUGUGUCCAUGCUUUGUUCCGUUUUCACAUUAACGGUCAUCAGCAUAGAGAGGUACAUUGCUAUUCGACAUCCCUUGAAGGCAAAGUACAUAUGUACGCUGGUGCAUGCGAGGUUAGUGAUAAUGGGCGUCUGGAUUUUGUCGUUCAUCGGAUCCCUUCCUGUUUUGUUUGGACAAAGACACAUUGAAGUUGGAAUGAGACGCAAAGGAUAUUACUGCUUACGAGAAUGGCAAAAGCCUUUCUUUGAGAAGAUCUAUGAACUUUAUAUGCUGACAGUGAUGCUCAUAAUCCCGUCGUUUGUGAUGACAAUUGCUUACCUCGGUAUCUGUUUCGAGAUGUGGAAUGUUUCGUAUCGUAGAGCCGAUAUGAGAAGCGGCAGGUUUUUACGCAAAGUAGUGAAAAUGCUUGUCGUCGUCGUUUUGCUGUUUAUUAUCUGCUGGGCACCAAUUCUUAUCAACAACGUGAUGAUCGGAUUCGAUUACCUACCCCGAUUGCAUUACGGGUAUUUGAAACCGAUGCGUAUGGCUUUUAACCUGAUGGCGUACUUCAACAGUUGCAUAAAUCCAAUUGUAUAUUCGUUUAUGUCGAAAAACUUCCGUGAGAAAUUCAAACAUUCGUUCCGUACUUUAUUUCGUGGUCGAUUCACUGGAGCGGAUCGCAUCUGGACGCAGCGCGGGACGGUGUCGUUCACAACGAGAAGUACGUCACUGAACCGUAGCAAAAUGUACUCAAUGAAAGAACCCGUAGAGAAAGACGUUAGUAUUUCCAGCGUUACUGAAAACUGCAAAAUUGUUUUGGUACCGGACUAAUCCUUAUAUUGCAGAACAACCAAAAGAUGAAAUAAAAAAAAUUAACAAAAAAAAAAAAAAACAGGAUAAAAAAUAAUAGUAAAAGAAAGACUUGUCUUAGCAACGAAAUGCUGUUGAUUGAUGUUGUUGGAUAUUGUUGUUCUUGUUAUAAUUUUGUCUAUUUUUCGCAUUUUUGUUAUAUAUUUAUUUCAUUUUAUUCUUUUAUUAUCAUUAUUUUUCUCUGAAGUAUUUCAGAAGAAUUCGUUGUCGUUUACCAUUUUUGAAAUAAAGGAAAUUUAAGAUUUAAAAUAUGAUAAAA